AUGAAGAUACCAACAAAGAAGAUGCACCGGAUGACUGAAUUAUCCCUGGAGUUCAUGAACAUACACGAUUUAAAGAGGAGUAAGGUAUUUAAUAAUAAGUUUUAUCUUGUUAGGACAAUCUCUGAUGGAAUAUUCAGUAAAUCAGGCGUACUCUCUGAUUAUUUUGAGAAGUACCAUGGCUUACGUAUAUCUAUACUUCAAUCCUUACUUAUAAUUCUUACAAAGAGGAUCACUCAGGCAGUAAAGCAUAAAAUACAUAAAAAUGCAAAUAACCCGAAUAUGUCUAAUAUUGAGUCAAAGUAUCUUACAUCUAUAAUAAGAAGAAGGAUACUCAGUACACUGCACAUAUUCACGAUUAGGUUCUUAAAGACAAACAGCAUAAAACCACGUAGUUUUAUAUAUACAAUACCACCGUAUGAAUUUGACAGGCGGGGUCUCCCAUUGCAUUAUAAUGAGCUGUGCAUGUUCUUUUUAUUGGCAAUGCCUGUGUUUGCAUACUCUGCGGAUGUCAUAAAGUAA